CCCCUCUCCGCCUCUGACAGGAGCUGCUGCAAUGCGGCGUCCGGCGAGGGGGCGCGCGUGCCCGUCAGCCUGCCGGAGGACACGCGCUCGGGAGCCACGCCCCCGCGGCGGGGCGGAGUUCAAGGGGCGCUCGUCCACGCGAAGCCGGAAAGCGCGGGUGUCACCUCAGAACCCGAGCCCAUCCCUGCCCUCCCUCCCGAGGAAAGCUCUUGGCGCCCUGGGACAGUAGCAAAGCGCGGGAACAAAGAAAUAGGCCAAACCGGACGGUCUGGGAGGCCGCCGACGAUGGGAGACGUGAAUGAAUGAAGCGAGGAAGCCUAGCGGCCGAUUUGUCAGCCGGCACGCGUUCGCGCCCACAGAGCGAACCACACGUGAAACGCUUGGGGAAUGAGGAAUUGUACUCCACAGCCCGCGGGAAAAGCGUAUGCACGCGCUGCCAGCGCUAGGCUGUCUCACUGUGCCUUGAAAGCAGAAGAAAACUUAAAAACGUCAUCUCUUCCAAACCUAAUGAUGCCCCCUCCCGCUUUCCUCGUUUGUGCCACAGGCGCCAUCUUUAGGGGGGACUGCUUGCUAGAUUCUGCUUCUCUCCUUGAAUUUGGGAUAGAGAAGGGUCUUCCGGGAACCUGUUGGAGGAGACAUUUCUUGAAACUAAGGGAACAAUAUCAAGAAAGUGGAUUCAAGAAACAAGAAUUUACUACAGAGAAUUCCCAAUUUGAUGAGGUGAUCGGAGGGGCUGGGCUGGACGUGGACUUCACCCUGGAGAGCCCUCAGGGCGUGCUGCUGGUCAGCGAGUCCCGCAAGGCAGACGGGCUGCACACAGUGGAGCCCACGGAGGCGGGCGAAUACAAGCUGUGCUUUGACAACUCCUUCAGCACCAUCUCCGAGAAGCUGGUGUUUUUCGAGCUCAUCUUUGACAGCCUGCAGGACGACGAGGAGGUGGAGGGCUGGGCCGAGGCCGUGGAGCCCGAGGAGAUGCUGGACGUCAAGAUGGAGGACAUCAAGGAGUCUGUGGAGACCAUGCGGACACGGCUGGAGCGCUGCAUCCAGGUGCUAACGCUGCUGCGGGCCUUCGAGGCGCGCGACCGCAACCUGCAGGAGGGCAACCUGGAACGUGUCAACUUCUGGUUGGUGGUCAAUGUGGCCGUGCUGCUGCUCGUGGCCGUACUGCAGGUGUGCACACUCGAGCGCUUCUUCCAGGACAGCGCCCUGUGCCCACGUAGCCCGAGCAUGGGUGUGUGCAGUGAGGGGCUUGCUUGA